GAUGAAAUUGAGGAACUUUCAAAGCACAUUCUUAGACUAAAUUUUUAUUAAGAUUUUGUUAAUUUGUAUUUUAUGUGUUGAAAAGUGUUGUAAUUAUUAACUACAGCAAUAACCUACAUACAUACGGAUACAAAAGAAGGGCGGAGAAAAAAAAAUUGACAGAAAGUGAAAGUGUUUGUCAUUAUAUCCGGGAGUGUAUGAAAAACAACCAAGCGAUAGUCAAAGAGUUAUGUUUGAACAUUUUCAUUCAGCAUGGCAGAAUAUCAGUAUGCUGUGCUUUUUGAGGCAAACAACCUCUCAGAUGGAGAAAUGAAAAAGAUCAGAAAUUAUUUUAAGAUCAAGCGGCAGUCUGGCGGAGGAGACUGUGGGGAAGUGAAAAAGGUGGGAGACAACACCUAUAAGAUAAACUUCUUGGAAAAAGAAGCACAAGACAGAAUAUUAAGCAAAACCGAUCACAUAAUCAGUCUUCCUGGGCGAGGAGAUGUACACAUCGUCAUAAAACACCAUGACAUUAAAGAAGAGAAACAGCUUCUGCCACAUUCCACAUCUGAAAAACAAGUCACCAGAGAUACACCUAUGCAGAAAGUUUUUAAACUGGACCCAUACUUACUGAACUUUCUGAAAGACAAUUCAAAAGCAAAGUCAGAUUUAAAUGAUCAGCUCUCCUCUUUGCUAAGCCGCUUUAAGUUAGACAUGGUUACUGAGACAGUAGUGGUAAUAAGGGAUGCAGUUCAAACCGGUCAAAAUGAUGUCCAGCAGAAGUGGGAAGAAAAGAUGGAUAUCGUUUUCUCAGACCUGCAGGAUCGCUAUAUGAUCCAUUUUGAGGUGGAUCCUAAGAGGCUAGAGAUUCUACAAAAACAAUCUUUCCAAUUCUCACAAAACCUUGGGAUUUAUGAAGAAAAAGGUUUAGUAGUGAUAGUUGGAGAACAAAAGGAAGUGCAGAAGCUUUUAAAUGAUUUAGAUGCUUUUCGUUUGCGAGAGCAGACCCAUAAAGAAUGUCCUGUGUCUGAGACACAUUAUGCACUCGUGAAGGAGCAGUUUAAGCAGAAGAUGAAGUCAGAUUAUUCAAAGAUCCGGAUUACACAGGAGCAAACUGGCACUCUUGUCCUAAAGGGUCCUGAAGAUCAAGUCCAUUCAGCAGAAACAAAGCUUAAAGAGUUGCUGAAUCAGAUUCAAGAGAAAAGAAUCCCACUGCCUCAUCCCAUUAAAGCAUUUUUGUCAUCUAGUGGUGCUAUUCAGAUCUUUCAGACACGAUUUCAGGAGAAUCUCUGCAGUCCAGUUUUGAUUGAGGCCACAGGCUCUGGCUCAGAUUUGGUUCUGCUGAGUUUGUCCACAGGUGCACUUCAGGAAGCAGCAACUGCAAUACAGAGAGAUCUGUGUAUGGAGACGGUGGUGCUUGAGAAAGCUGAAUCUGAGUCACCAGGAAUCGAUGCUUUGAUACAGGCUUUGAAUCCUGCAUUACAACAGGCUAAUCAUGGAACUUCUAAAGUGGAAAUUAGCUACGAGCCAGGACCAGUGUCUGACCCCAGAAUGAGGGUUCAACUGGUGGGCUACAGCCCUGAAGUCAAUAAAUUAAAAGAUAUUAUACAGGACCACAAGCAAAACUAUGCAGAACACAGCGACACUGUGCCUCUAUGUUCAGCAGAACUAGUGGAUAAUUUAUCUGAACUUCUGUCACUAAUAGGUCUGAAAGCAUCUGGUGUAAAACUAAUGGCUUCAUCCUCGCCAUCCCCAUGUGUCCAUGUCUCAGGACCUCGGUGUAAAGUAAUUGAUAUGAAGAAGAAACUGCAGUCAUCAUUUAGCCAUCUUACAUGGAAGAAAACUUCAGUCAAUGGUCCUGGAGUCCUGCAGUUCUUUCAAGAGGAAGGUUUAAACACACAGAGAUCACUACAGAGUUCCUGUCAGGUUUUGAUAACCCUCAAAAAUAAUGUCCAAACAAGUGCUGCAACAGCCAGAAGCACGGCAUUUAGCAGUCUCCCUACCAUACCUGCUUCUGUGUCACAUCCACAUUACUCUGUGGCCGUGGAAAUUGUAUUUGGAGGUCUUGAAGUUCAGCAGGCCGAUGUACUUGUUGCCCCCAUGUUGAGUACACACUUGACCUCAACAAAUGUUGGGAAAGCCUUACUUAAAAAAGGAGGGCAGCAAUUGAAGAGCAAUUUUGAUUCUGCCAAAGGAAGAUGCAGAAUUAGACCUGGAGAUGUGCUGGAGGUAGAUGGGACUCCACUAGGGUGCAAAAAGGUUUUCUUUAUUGAAUGCUUAUCUUGGGCUGGACAUGCACACAACAGUGAACAGGCAUUACGAUGUGGAAUUAAACAAGCUUUGGCACUUUGUGAACAGCAGGCAUGGAGCUCAGUUGCUUUUCCUGUAAUUGGACCUGGAGUGGCACUGGCUAUGCCUGUACAAUAUGCCUCUAAUAUUCUGGUUGGAGAGAUUGAGACUUUUGGCCGGAAUGCAUCCACUAGUUCUCUCAGGACCAUACGAAUUGUAAUAAUGCCUAAUUACCCAGAUUCUGAAGAGCUAUACCUGGUAGUUAGUUCUGGGUUAACUGCAAUAAUGGUGGAUCACACAGGACAGGCUGCCUUACAGUCUCUAAGCUCCGAAAUUGAUGAAAUCACCAUCCCAUUAGCCAGAUGUCAGGUCCACCUGAUAUUUGGAGACAUUAGCAAUGAGACUACUGAUGUCAUUGUAAACACCACAGACUUUACUGACUUACAGACAGAUGUGUGCAAUGACAUCCUGACUAUUGCUGGACCACAACUCAGGGCUGCUAUAACAGGAGUGCAGGUAGAGAAAGGAAAAAUCUUUAUCACCCAGCCUGGAGAUUUCCCUUGCAAGGAGAUUAUGCAUGUGUGUGGAGAAAAAGAUACAGGCAUUAUUAAAACACUGGCCCGAGAUAUCCUGCUUAAAUGUGAACAAAGUGGCUACCAGUCAGUAGCCAUUCCUGCUAUUUGUGCUGGGAAAGGAGGGUUAGAUGCCCAUCUGGUUGCUCAGGCUAUUCUCCAGGGAGUGAAGGAUGCUACAGUACAAGCUAACCUCAACUAUGUUAAAAGAAUUCACAUUGUUCUGAAGAAAAUCCAUAUCUUUUUGGAGUUUAAAGCAAUGGCACAACAGAUUUUUGGUAGAUUAACCCAGAAGACAGCUCCUUUGUCGUUAACACCUUUCAGAGCAGCUCCAUCUUCCUUAACCCUAGACCAUACCUCUCUUUUGCAGUCUCUUCCAGAUCAGCAUAUCAAAGCUGAAUUUCUUGUAGUGGGGAUAAUUAUUGAUAAUGUCUCAAGGGCAUGUCAAGAGCUUCAACAAGCAUAUCAAAGCCAAUGCUCUUCUCAAUAUGUUUCACAAGAUGAACUUAAACAACUCACUUCAGCUGAAAUUGAUGAUAUUCUCAAUAAUGUGAAUUCUCUGGGUAUUCAGAUAAGCCAGCAAGGCCCUAAUGGGAUGGAAGUUAAUGGACUGACAAAAGGGGUAAAUAAAUUCAUGCAAAUGAUACGAGGGGCUCUUGUCAGAAAGAUGAAAGAAAAGGAGCAGGACACACUUUUUUCCAAUGUCAGCUGGUGCAUUUUGGGAUUAAGAGAAAUCUGGGAGCGGUUACCUAAAGAGGCUCAUCAUCAGCUGGAAAACAAAAAUGUUGCAGGAGGGAUACUGGAUGCACAAGCACAAAAAUGGACUGUAAAUCUUACGAAAAUGGAGGCCACAGCAAUUGGGUUUACAGCUGUGACAAAGCUCAAAAGACUGGAGAACUCAUCAGAUUUCUUUUUUCCACUUUACUGGGACUGCAUGACCACAGGGGAAUUUUUAAAGGUGGUUCCUCUGCAGCCCAGCUCUGCUGAGUACAAAAGAGUGAAAAGUGACUUCAAGAGAACAGUCUCAAAAGCAGUUGUCAAGAUUGAACGUAUUCAAAAUGUGAAUCUGCGCCGGGCUUACGAAGUUCGUAAGAAAGAGCUGCAGGACAAGAAUGGGACAGAUGGGGCAGGAGAGAGAGUCCUAUACCACGGGACCACAGUCGAUGCCUGCGCUUCUAUAAAGAGCAUUAACUUUAACCGCAGAUUUGCUGGACAAAAUGGAACAUUGUAUGGACAUGGGACAUACUUUGCUGUUGAUGCCAGCUAUUCUGCUGAUCCCAAAUAUUCUACACCUUCCUCAGAUGGGACGCAGCUCAUGUUUGUGACACUUGUCCUAACGGGACGUUACACAGAUGGAAAUAGUGACAUGAAGGUUCCACCUCCUCGCUCAUUACAGGACCCUAAUGACAGAUUUGACAGUGUGGUCAACAACAUGCAGAAUCCCAGCAUGUUUGUGGUGUUUCAUGACUGUCAGGCUUACCCAGACUACCUCAUCACAUUCAAAUGAGGGCACAGCUGCAGUGCAUGGCUAUCAAUAUCUGAUAUUUUUAACAUAAACCCCAAUCAUGAGGAAUAUGCUAGUUAUAAAAACAAACCCUAAAGAUCAUAUUUUUUCUACCAGAUAAGCUGAGAGUGAUCUUUUGGAUUAACAGUAGGUAACAGCUGACUUAAUUGCUUGAGAUCAACAAGAUAUCCCAGAGCAAAACAAUUUUUAUGUUUAAACAACAUAAUUAGGAUUCUGUAAUAUUGCUAUUGCUAGAUCUUUACACACAUGCGUAAUCCUUAAAUGAGCAUUAAGAUAAGAUAAGAUAGAUACCUUUAUUCGUCCCACAAUGGGGAAAUUUCUCUGUUACAGCAGCAAAAAUAUAUAAAAAGAAUAAAGAAUAAUUUUUGUAUAAAAAGAGUAGUGGUUACACUGAAGACAUAUCGCACAUAGGUAAUAUUGCACAUUUUUCAAGAUUUCUGUUAUUAAACAUGUUUAAAAUACUUUGUUAUUGUUUAUUAUUGCAGUGAAACAGUAAUAAUGGUGUGUAUUAUGGUGGAUGGUUCACUGGAAGCAGCUUUGAUUGUAAAGUCUAAUAGCAGCAGGGAGAAAAGACCGUCUGUAUCGCUCCUUCAGACACUUAGGAUGCAAUAGUAUGUCACUGAAGGAGCUGCUCAGAGCUGAAACCAUUUCAUACAGGCGGUGAAAGUCAUUCUCCAGCAAUGAUGAUAGUUUUAAAACAAAUAAUUAUUGUUUUAUCUGCAUUUCUCUUCAUUUGUCUGUGUCCCUAUAAUUUGCCCCCAUUAAUUCACAUUGUUUAAAUGAAUAUGAUAACCCCCCCUCAAAUGUUAUGAUUUUGUUCAGCAUUAACAGCAAUGUAGGAUAGGAGAUAAUAUAAACUUUUUUGGUGAAGACAAUGUAAAUAAUAUAAUAUAUGUAUGUAUUUACCACAUAUACUGUAUGUAUAUUUCCUAUUUCUUACCUCUAAGACACUGGGAAGAAGAACCUAGAACUAUAGUUCUAUAUACAAUGCGAUGAUAUAAUGCUUAAUAUCUCUAAAUAUUCAUUUGAUAUGUUAUUUGUUAUACCAUUUUACCCAUUUUCAUUGGAACUGACCUCUAUUAUCAGUUAUAUAAUUCAAAGAUUUGCGUCAAGCUUGAUAUUGAGCAAUUUCUUUGGAAGCUGUACGUAGGUGCGAAACAAUAAAACAGGUUCAGACAA